AAUGCAGAAAAAAUGAAGUUAAGGCAAUUUCGGUUCGAAGAUCUGCAAAAGGCAACCAGAAAUUUCAGCCAAGAUUGCUUAGUUGGUUCUGGUGCAUUUGGAAAUGUUUAUCUUGGUACAUUUGAUGUAGAGGGGACCCUAGCAAUCAAGAAGCCCAAUGCUGAAUCAUAUACAAGCACAGAAGAAUUUAGAAAUGAGGUCAGGGUGCUUUCAAAAGUGAAGCAUAGGAACCUUGUUCAACUCGUGGGGUUCUGCGAAGAAUCAGGGCCAAAGACAGCAAAAAUACUGGUGUAUGAAUACGUGACUAAUGGUUCAUUACUUGAUUACAUAAUUGGAAGGGGAGGGAGAAGUUUAACUUGGAGGCAAAGGGUAAACAUAGCCAUUGGAGCAGCUAAAGGGUUAGCUCAUCUCCACGAAGAGGUCAAUCCAAGCAUAAUCCACAGGGACAUAAAACCAAGCAACAUCCUAAUUGGAGAAGAAUUUGAGGCCAAAGUAUCAGAUUUUGGUCUUGUUAGAUCAGGCCCGGUUGGGGACCAAUCUCAUGUUAGCAGCCAAGUUAAAGGGACACCAGGCUAUCUUGAUCCAGCCUAUUGUUCAAGUUUUCAUCUCACUCCAUUUACGGAUGUCUAUAGCUUUGGGGUCAUACUUUUGCAACUUGUUUCUGCUAGACCUGCACUUGAGUCAACUAGAAAUCAUACCAAUUUGCACAUCAUUGAUUGGGCAAGGCCUAGUAUUGAACGAGGCAACAUUGAGGAAAUAUUGGAUGCUAAUCUCUUAAUAGAAGGAUGUAACAUGGAAAUGAUGAUGAAAAUGGGACAACUUGGCUUAAGAUGUGUGAUGAAAGAGCCGAAAAAAAGGCCUACAAUGACUCAGGUGUGGCAAGAACUUGAGGACGAUCUCUAUUCGAUGGACAACUUCCUACUCAAAAAACCUCGUAAGAUGGAUUCCAAAAGACUCAAGGGCAUUUCUAGUCAAUCAAUAGGACAUCAGAGUCAUCCUUCGAUAACUGAUCAAGAUUACUCUCAAAGCAUUAAUGUGAGUGUUGAUGGCAUUAAACUUCAAAGAUUUCGUGUAGAUUUGGAUGGCCUCUCUAUUCAAAGUGGAAGUUUGAGGUGUUUAGAAACAAGUGAGAGUAUAGAAGAUGAUUUUAGCUUUCCUCGCUAAUCUUAGGUUCUACAAUGACCUAAUUUGAGAAUCAAUAUUAAUAUGAA